GUUAAAUAUUGCUCUUCCUUUUUUUUUUCUUCUUCUUCGUCUUUGUCUUUAUCUUUGUCUUCAAGUAAACGAGCCUUCCUCUUCGUACAAUACAUUUUUCUGCUUCUUUUUGAAUAUGUCGCCAGGUGAUAUUUCUUUCACUGUGGUUGCUAUAAUAAUUGUUAUUGUGUCCGCUACCUUAACUUUGUGUUUUUCCGUGGAUAUUAUUUAUUACCUUGGGUUUUUACUGCGCAGCCUUGUUGAGCGACUGUGGAGAUGGGUUUGCCUGCUUCCAUACAGAUUGUCGGCCAGCUUUGGCCGGCUCAGGGAUAGAGUCAAGGCUGCUAAGUGGAGAAGAGACUCCAACGCAUCUGCAUAUGAAGCAGCAUAUCUAGGGACACCGGUUGUUGUUCCUGAGAAGACUGCAUAUGGCAAGGGAAAGGAGCUUCUCAAACGCUCACUGACCUACUGCAGUUAUGUAAGCUCAGUCACUACCGCUAAGGACUCAGUUGCCAUUUCAAUGCCUGGCGGGGACAGCGACAGCAAGCACCCCAAGUAGCUUUCAUACUUGUCAAGAUGGUUAUUACACUGCUUACCUGAUACCCUCUGAAUGGUCUCCAAUAGUAAUCAUUUGAGUUCCUUGGUGACCUUUACAUAGGAUGCUGUGGGCAAACCUCCAUGUUGCUCCAUCAACCACAGCGCCUUAUAUCACUACAAGCUAUUGCUGCAUAUUUCUCGCCAAUUUCAGUGUAAGGACUUGCCACCAUUGGCGCUGUCAAUAAAGUUCUAUAUAGCAUACGCAGAACUGACUUGAUGUGUUAUCCGAAAGCUUGAUCCCCUAAUAACAG